AUGGACAGAAAAGACGCGACACCAGGGUUCGAAGACCCGCUCUCGACUGAGAGCAUGAUGGUGGAAAAGCCUGUCCAGCGUAUUAGUGUGAUGGAUCACCAUGCCUUCGCCGAGAAAUACUUGGCAGACCUAGGUCAGGAGGAGGCAGACUUUCAGGUGUGCCAUUGGCCGAUCCAGUCCUGGCAUGCUCUCGACAAGCGCAUUACGGGACCCGAGUUUGAGUGCGGUGGGCACCGGUGGCGGAUCCUGCUCUUCCCCUUCGGAAACUCGAAUGGUCAGCCUUAUGACAUGGUGUCUGUGUACCUUGACUACGCUGACAACAAGGACACGCCAGAAGGCUUUCACGCAUGCGCACAAUUUGCGCUAGUGAUCUCGAAUCCCAACGAUCCCACUCUCUUCUCCACGAGUCAAGCUCACCAUCGCUUCACGACGGAGGAAAUGGACUGGGGAUUCACCCGCUUUAACGAGUUCCGCAAGCUGGCUGUCCCCCUCGACAAGCGCACACGACCGAUCAUCGAAGACGACCAAGCUGUCGUUUCAGCCUUCGUACGCGUCCUCAAGGAUCCCACGGGUGUGCUGUGGCACAACUUUAUCAAUUACGACUCGAAGAAGGAGACGGGCUACGUGGGUAUGAAGAAUCAGGGCGCCACAUGCUACAUGAAUUCGCUGCUCCAAUCCCUCUUUUUUACCAACUAUUUCCGCCGUGCUGUGUAUCAGAUCCCAACAGAGAAUGACAUUCCCACAGACAGCGUGGCCUAUGCGCUCCAGCGCGUGUUUUAUCAGCUUCAGACGAGUCAUCAGCCGGUGGGAACGACCGAGCUGACGAAAUCCUUCGGCUGGAAGUCCCUCGACUCGUUCCUACAGCACGAUGUCCAGGAGUUCAAUCGUGUGCUCCAGGAAAAGCUGGAGAUCAAAAUGAAGGGCACGGCGGCCGACGGUGCUAUUAACCGCCUGUUUGUCGGUAAGAUGAAGAGCUUCCUGCGCUGCGUCAACGUGCAGUACGAGUCGGCUCGUUCGGAAGAUUUCUACGAUAUUCAGCUCAACGUAAAGGGCAUGCUCAACCUGGAGCAGUCAUUCUGGAAUUAUAUUCAGACCGAGAUGCUAGAAGGCGAUAACAAAUACCACGCGGAAGGCUAUGGUCUCCAAGAUGCCGAGAAGGGCGUGGUGUUUGAGAAGUUUCCGCCUGUCUUGCAUCUCCAGCUCAAGCGCUUCGAGUACGACUUGGAGAAAGACAUGAUGGUCAAAAUCAAUGACCGCCACGAAUUUCCCUUGUCAAUUGACCUCAAGCCGUUUUUGAUCCAAGAAGCCCAACACGAGCCUUGGGUAUACAAACUGCAUGGCGUGCUUGUUCACUCGGGCGACUUGCACGGUGGUCAUUACUUUGCCUUGAUCAAACCUGAGCCCGACAGCAACUGGUUCAAAUUUGACGACGAUCGCGUCACACCCGCCACGCUCAAGGAGGUGUUGGAAGACAACUUUGGUGGUGAGAUGGUGCCGCCCGGCGGUAUAAACCGCCAUCCCAGCGCCACGGCGCCCAUUCGUGCGAUGAAGCGCUUCACGAAUGCUUACAUGCUUGUGUACGUGCGCGAGUCCUUGAUGGACGAGGUGCUGAAGCCCAUCGGGCCAGCCGAUGUGCCUGACUACCUCAGUGAGCGCAUCGAAGACGAGCGCAUACAGAUGGAGAUCCGUCGCCGCGAGCGCGAAGAGCAGCACCUGUAUCUGACCACCAAGAUUGUCACAGAGGACCUAUUCCGCACCCACCAGGGCUUUGAUCUGGCCACGUUUGACGACCGCAUAGGGUGCCCAACGGACUUGCCGACGUUCCGAGUCCUCAAGAACGAACCGUUUGUGAGCUUCAAGGCGCGACUGGCGAACCACUUUGAGCUGCCUGAGCAGUUAGUGCGGCUGUGGGUCCUGGUCAACCGCCAGAACAAGACGGUGCGUCCUGAUGCCAUUGUACCUGAAAACGAUCCGAGUCUCACGCUGGAAGUGGUCCGGGAUCGCAUGGCAUCUCGUCAGAACGACUUGCGCUUCUUUAUGGAAGUCUUGGAUCCCAACAGUCUGGCCAUGGCACACUUGGAUCCUGCGACUCGGAACGAUGCCAUUAUGAUUUUUCUCAAGUACUUUGACACGUCGCGGCAGAGCCUGCUGGGUGUCUCGCGCAUGUACGUGCAGCGACACAUGAAGGUGAGCGACUUGGUGCCUACUAUCAACGAGCUUAUGCGCUGGCCGCCAGCGACACAGGUCAAGAUGUUUGAAGAGAUCAAGCCCGGGAUGAUUGAGCAGCUCAAGUUUAAGGCUACCUUUGCGCAGAGUGAGAUUCAGGACGGUGACAUUAUCUGCUUCCAGAUCGAGCUGUCUGAAAAAGAUGCGAACGACUAUGAGAUGCAGCAACUGUACUCCAAUCCCGUACAGUUUUACGAUUUUCUGCAGAAUCAAGUUCGUCUGCUGAUCAAGCCUCGCAACGAAGAUGCCGUCGGCCAGCCCGAGGUGGAACUUACCUUGAAUAAGAAAAUGACGUAUGACAUGCUCGCCACCAAGGUCGCAGAGCGUCUAGAGCAGGACCCACUUAUGCUGCGCUUCACCGUGGCGAAUGGUCCGAAUGGUACUCCCAAGACGGUGCUCAAGCGCUCGGCCAACCAAACUAUCAACGAAAUCAUCCAAACGAGCUAUCUGCAGGGACCAGCGAGUUUGCUCUAUUACGAGAUUUUGGAUGUGAGCAUCAUCGAGCUGGAGACCAAGCGUUCGCUCAGCGUGUCGUGGAUGGGCGCACACAACAAAGAAGACCCGCAUCUCUACACAUUCUUGCUCCCCAAGACGGCUACUGUGCAUGAACUGGCAGAUCAGCUAGCCAAGCAAGUCAGCCUUCGACCGGAUGGCACACACAAGAUCCGGGUAUUUGUGUCGGCUGCUUUGGGCCGCUUACAACGCGAACUGCACAUGUUUGACAGUAUCAACAGCAUCCCAGAGGGCACAGAGCUGUUUGCCGAGGAAAUCUGGCCGGAGGAGCUGGCUUUGGGCGAGGACGCGAAAUUGGUCCACAUGUGCCAUUUCUUCCGAGAUGUGGCGCGUGUCCACAGCGUGCCGCUCCGUUUCGUCCUACUGCGCAACGAGCGCUUUGCGGACACGGCCAAGCGCAUCCAGGUGCGUCUUGAUGUGCCGGACAAGGAGUUUGCCAAGUUCCGCUUUGCCCUCAUUCAAACGAGCCAAUACAAGCAGCCCACCUACUUGGAAGAUGACGACGUGGUGUUCGACCACAAGUUUCUGCCAGACGACGUCAUUGGCAUAGACCACAUGGAUCGAAGUGGACGCGCCAGCCGGCUCCAUGGCCUGCAUCCACAAGACCGCGGGAUCCAAAUUCGCAGUUGA